UGAAAAGCGUACUAAGAAACAAAAUAAAAUUAUAGUCAUUUAAUUGGUCCAUUAAUACGUUAAUAUUUUGAGAUCCACUAAACAUAUAUGCAUAAUGUUCAUGUAUGUAAUAAGAAAAAUAAUCAAAUCUUUCAUACAUCAUUAUCAUGAUGAUAUUGUGUAAUACAUUUAUAAGUAGUGCAAAAUACAUGUUAUGGUGUUGCAAAUUAGGGAUUUAUAAUAAGACAAUUAUAAGAUAAAUCCCUUCAAAUUUCUUACAAUGAAUGACCAAUUAAUUGUAAAUUAGCUAUGUAUAAUUGAAAGUUUUGGUAAUAUAUGUAGGUUUUGAAAGAUAAAAGGGGUUUUCACAAACACAUAGAUAAGAGAACAACCAGAAUGAUAUGGUGAAUCUUCUAAUGAAUUAAUUAUUAUGUGCGGAUGCCAAACGUUGUAGUAAGAACAACCAGAAUGCUCAAUGUCACUUAUGUGCUCAAUACUGCGUCUUGACACCGCUGACGUGAUGCAUUCUGGUUGAUCUGUGAACGACAUUUUAUAUCCGAUCUCCGCACAGAAUAAUUUCUCCUCUGAUGACCUAUCUCAAGAAUGUUAUUUUUAGGUAUUGCAUCACAAUGCAUUAUAAAUAAAUAAAACAAAAUAAAUGUCGGAUACACAAAAAAAAAUAAUAUUGUUGGUGUAAAGAAAGUUGAAUUUGAGAAAUAUUGCUCAAAAAGAGAAAUCAUAUUCGUUAAGCAACAAUCCACAAGGCCACUUCAGGCUUCGGCUGUCCGCUUUCUGCAGUGCUUUCCACCUGCGCGGCGCCAAUUCUUCGAACUCGCUCUCCCUCAUCCUCUUUCGUCUUUCCACGCCAGUUCUUCCCCAAAUGAUACUCUCAGGAAAACCCUAAUAUUCUAACCGGUACUAACUUUCUCGCUUCUCUUUAUGCCGGAAAGAAGAAUCUCUUCCCCUCCCAUUGUCAGAAGCGACUCCCCCAUGUGCGGGAGUCGAGGCGACGCCCAAGCCUCCGAGCCCAGGCCGCGCUCCGCCACUCGCUCCACUAGAUCUCGUUCUUCCGAAGCUGUCACGUCCGCCUCCAGCUCCUCCUUCACCCCGAGCAUACCCACCAUCACCGAUAGCUCCAGCGCCGCCGCGGCCGCCACAACCUCCUCCUCCUCAUCGCUGAGCAUCUCCUCAAUUGCCAGCCUCCGCGGCUCCCUCCCUGAAAAACCCAUCCUAUUCCCCUCCGCCGAGAUCGCCGCCGCUACCAACAAUUUUCUCGCCAAGCGCAUCUCCCCUUCCUCCUCCUCCUCUUGGAGAUGCUCCCUCCGUGGCCACGACACCGUCGUUAUUCAGCGCUCCUUUCGAGGUGACCCCGCUGCUCUCCGCGCCCGCCUGGCUGCUGUCUGCAAGAGUAAUCACCGCAGCAUCGUCAGACUCCUCGGCGCUUCGCUCUCCGACGACCGCAUCUUUCUAGUUUACGACUUUGUAGCCGGGGCUUCCCUCGCCGAUUGCCUUCGCAACCAACGAAACCCUAACUUCACUCCUCUUUCCUCAUGGAUCUCCCGCAUCCAGGUCGCCAGUGACCUUGCUCAAGGCCUCGAGUACAUCCAUGAUCACUCUGCCGGUGGCGGAAUAGUCCAUAACCGCAUCAAGAGCUCCGCGAUCAUCGUCACCGAGCUCCACUUUAAUGCCUUGAUUUGCCAUUUCGGCGCUUCUUUUCUAGCCGGCGAAAUACCUGAAGAGGCGUCCACUUCGCGUAGCAAGAUGAAUAGAGUGGAUAGCCAUUUGAAGAAGAUCAAUGGAACGAGGGGGUACCUGGCGCCGGAGGUAGUCGCUGGCGGUGGCGUGUCCCGGAGAUCCGACGUGUUCGCAUUGGGGGUUCUGCUCCUAGAGCUUAUCUCCGGAGAGGUUCCGAUCAAGUUAAAGUUCGAUCCGGUAAGCAAGGAGUAUCAGAGUACUUCGCUGAUUCAGAUGGCUAGAGAUGUGUUCGGGGAAGCGGGAUUGGAGGAAGAAGGGACGCAAGCAGCGGCGGAGUCGGAUUUGGUGGAAGGGAGGAGGAUGAGGAUUCGCCAAUGGGUGGAUAGAAGACUGAAGGAUUCUUUUCCGGUUGAUGUGGUUGAGGAUCUGAUGGGGAUUGCUUUGCGGUGCGUGGAGGUUGAGGCUGAGAAGAGGCCCAGUAUGGCUUGGGUGCAGGGGAAGGUCUCUAGGCUCUUCCUCAAGUCCAAGGUUUGGGCUGAGAGGGUUAGGCCGCCGGCGGACUUCUCGGUCUCUCUGGCUCCGCGGUGACAUCGCUCGCCGCGGCGGAGGUGAUAAGCGAUGUGACUGUUGGAAGCCGUCCCCUGAAUUUAUUUAUUUGGAUUUUUCAUUUUAUCUGUUACUUUUAUUUUAUAUAUAUUUUUUGCACGUUGAGCGGAUU